ACAUUGCUGGCUCAUGGCUUCGAGUGCGACACUCUCCAAUUUAGCGGAUCAAUACUCCAGAGAGUUUUCUGAAUGCUUAAGCACCAUUCUUCCCGAUACACCUGACAAGAUCAAUGAUUCUAAAGCCAUUCACAAAGACAUCGCAACACAUAUUGCCGCGAUGAAAGCCACUACUAGUUCAAUAGAAGAAGCAAUGGGCGAUAUUCGGCUGGAGCUACUCAAAGACAAAGAAGUGGCUCUAGAGCAGUCUUUAGCCCUGUUACGACGCGAUAUACACGUAAAGACGGAAACGAUAGACAAAUACACCACGCAGCUAGAAAAGUGGUCGAGCGAGCUGCUUAAAUUGGGAAGCAAAGGCCGUGAAGUGGCGAAGCGGGAGCACGAGCGAUACCAAGUGCGAAGCGACAACGACCACAACCGCUCUCAAGUACAAAGACAUGACUCAGAUGAUGAUAUGUCGGAUAAGGAUAUGUUUGAAGAAGUUGUAUAAUACAUAAAGUAAUUAGCGUAUGUGAAACACCACUGGCUAUGGCAUAAUCUUUUUUUAUUUUUGCAAUUUUGCACGAUGGCUCUAUUCUUGUGUUGGCACCUCAAUGAGUACCUCUAGUGAAGUAACUAUCCCUAAUUAUCCUGUGGCGUUGCACCGAUGUCUGAUCCUUCGUCC